GGACUUAACCUGUGAAUGUACUCAUCGAUAUGAGAACGCGAUAGCAAAAUAUAAUGCAAUCGAAAAGACGUAAUAAAUAUUAUAGUGCUUAUUAACAUUGCGUGCUUCAGUAUAUUUAUGACAAUUUUUCAACCGACAGCAUGGCAGAGAAUUUGUUGAAUGACGUAGAAAGAUGGAAAUGGAACUGGACAGAGUUAUGUGGAUCUAACAGAAAUAUUAAUCCUUUGAAUCCUGAAACACAUGACUUGGGUGUAUGUUUUCAACAGCUUUGUCUUCAGAUACCAGUAUUAGCUCUCAUAGCUGUAAUUUCUGCAUAUUAUUGUGGAAAAACAAACAUAUCCUCAUCUCGACAGCAGCACACUUACCAUGCUAUAAACAUAAGAAUUGUUAUUACUAUAUGUCUUGUGAUAUUGCCUAUCAUAAGGGCGUAUAUUAUUUUGACUAAUACUACUAUCCCUUUGGUGCAUGAUGAAGUGCAAGACUAUAGCACACCAGUACCAAAAAGAAUGGACAUUUCCUUUCAUAGAAAUAUAAAUCCAUUUUUAAACGAUACAGAUAUUAUAAGCAGGAUACGUGAUGGAUUAAAUUACACUGUUAAAUUUGCUAAAUCAAUUCUAUUACCAGAGAGUAGUGUUAAAGAUACUAUUGUAACUCCUGCCACACCUUUUACCUAUAUUUAUGGGACAUCAAAAUUUACUGAUAAAUUUACUUCUGUUAAGCCAGUGGAUUAUCUCGUAGCAAGUACCGAAGGUUUAGCAUGGGUUAUGCAUCUUUGUUUUAUUUUAAGCUUGAAACGUGGACGUAAUCCUAAUCCACGAGGACCAGUAUUAAUACGAGCUUUGAUAUUUCUUUUGGUCGUUAUUUCUGUGCUACUGUUACGCAGUCACAUUAAUAAUACAUCUAAGGACGAUGUUUUGCCAAAUUUAUCAUUAGGUUUCAGUAUCAGUGUAGUUACUCUUCUGAUAUUGUAUACAAUAACAUUGAUACCGGGUCCCAGUAGGUCAGAGCGCACGAGGACAUCAUCCCGAAAUGUCAUAAUAGGAGAACGCACUGCAUUACUGAGUAAUCCUACUUCCUCAUACGUACAAUUUCCGGAAGAACAGGAGACGGGCUACCUUGGAAUUGCUAUGGAAGAUGUUACUAUUAUUUCUAAGCUCCUGUUCCAUUGGGUAACACCAUUAAUGGAAAAAGGUGUUAAGAGGCUGUUAAAUCAUUCUGAUGACUUAUUUGAUUUACCUGACCAGAUUAGUACCAAUUCAAUUAAUUAUAAAAUUGAUCAACAUUUAAAUAAUAUGCCGGAAACAGCGAGCAAUAGAAUCGAAAAUAAUUUGGAAAUACCGCUUCAGACGAAUGUAAAAGUAAUUACAAAAAAAAUAACACUGUUUUACUUGUUGCAUAAAUGUUUCGGCUGGGAAUUUUAUACGGUUGGAAUAUUGAAAUUUAUCGCAGAUUGCAGUUCAUUUGUGGGACCAAUAUUGUUAAAUAGAUUAAUAGGCUUUAUUGAAGAUAAAAAUGAGCCAAUCUCACAUGGAUAUUUAUAUGCAUCUCUUAUAAUACUCAGCGCUAUAAUUGGUGCUUUUUGUAACACUCAUUUUACAUUCUGGAUGUCUAUUGUGGGUUUGAAAAUUCGUUCUACAAUUAUUACUUUAGUCUAUCAGAAAACAUUGCAUUCUUCUAAUAUCGAUUUAAAUCACAGUUUUAAUUUUGGUGAAAUCGUUAAUUUUAUGAGCACCGACAGUGAUAGAUUGGUAAAUAGCUGUCCUAGUUUUCAUACAUUUUGGAGUAUACCAUUACAGUUAUUCGUGACACUGUAUCUUCUACAUAAGCAAAUUGGAGUUUCGUUUUUAGCUGGUGUUGCAUUUUCGAUAAUACUUAUACCAAUUAAUAAGAUCAUAGCAAGUAAAAUUGGUAAGCUUAGCACCAAAUUGAUGGAAUAUAAAGAUCAAAGAGUGAGGCUGAUGGGAGAGAUAUUGCGCGGGAUAACUGCAAUCAAGGUUAAUGUAUGGGAGGAACACUUCUUACGAAAUAUUUACAAGCUAAGGGAGAAAGAAGUGAAAUAUUUACGAGAUAGAAAAUAUUUAGAUGCUCUUUGCGUUUAUUUCUGGGCGACUACGCCUGUUAUCAUUGCGAUAUUAACAUUUGCGACAUAUGUAUUACUUGGAAACGAAUUAGAUGCCAAAACGGUUUUUACUAGUAUGGCGUUGUUGAACAUGUUAAUAGGACCGUUAAAUGCGUUUCCAUGGGUUUUAAACGGUCUCACAGAAGCAUGGGUAUCUCUUAAGAGAAUUCAAAGAAUGCUAGAUUUACCGGACAUGGAUGCGUCAUUGUAUUAUACAGAUAUUACUCCCGAUGUUGAUUUAUUGCUGCAAAAUGUAACAUUAACUGUAAAUCGUCCAAAGAAUAACGAUGAUAUAAAUGCAAGUCCAAAAACUUUAAUAACUCCAUCUUCGAGCACUGAAAUUAAGAAAAGCGUUACCUUCGAAGAUGACGAUGUCUUCGCCUUACAUAAUAUUAAUUUAUCUGUACAAAAGGGACAAUUAAUCGGUAUCAUGGGCAAAGUUGGAAGCGGAAAGUCUUUACUCUUAGAUGGCAUCUUAGCGGAAAUAACAAAAACUAAAGGGAUAAUAGCAGUUAAUGACGAUCACAGAGGUUUUGGAUAUGUAAAACAAAAUUCUUGGCUACAACGUGGUACAAUCCGGGAUAAUAUUCUCUUUGGAAAAUCCUACGAUCAUAAUAAAUACAAAAACAUUUUGAAGGCUUGCGCUCUCACGUCCGAUUUGAAUUCAUUGCCUAAUAAGGACUUAACAGCUGUUGGUGAAGCCGGGAAUACUUUGAGUGGCGGCCAAAAGACGAGAAUUUCCUUGGCUCGCGCUGUAUAUGCGGAUAAAGAUAUUUAUUUACUAGAUGAUAUAUUAGCAACGUUGGAUGUCAAAGUUUCUAGACACGUAUUUCAAUACGUAAUUCUAGACUUAUUACGAAAUAAAACCCGGAUAUUAUGCACGCAUCAGAUUCAAUACUUGAUCCACGCAGAUUUAGUUAUCGAAAUGUCGAAAGGAAAAAUUAUUAAUCAAGGAAAACCGAGUGAUAUUUUGCCCGAUCUGGAAGAUUAUCUUUUAUCAGAGUCCUCCGAAUCCGACUUGAAUAUGGCGUCUAUAAAAAUGAUACCUAAUGAAUGUAGUCGAUCGGAAAAGAAUGAAAUAGAUCCGUUACUUGAAAAAGAAACUACUGAGAAAGGAACAGUACGCUUCUCAGUAUACAUGUACUAUAUCAAGGCCAUUGGACAAUACUUGGCAAUUUCAAUAUUUCUCUCUAUGAUUCUAAUGCAAAGCUCAAAAAACAUUACAGAUUUAUGGUUAACAUACUGGGUGACCCAUACUAAUACCACAACGAUCAAUUCAACCGACAUGUCUCGACCUGGAAAAUUAUUGCAAUUCUAUUACAAUAAUUAUAGUUUGCAUGAUACGAAGUAUUACUUAACAGUUUACAGCUUACUAGCUGUAUUUAAUUCAAUUUUUACUUUAAUCAGAGCUUUCAUUUUCGCAUAUGGUGGCUUGCAAGCAGCCAUAACGAUCCAUAAGCAGCUCUUGAAGAUAAUUAUGCGAGCAAAAACAACAUUUUUCGAUAUUCAAUCGUUUGGCAGGAUUAUAAAUAGAUUCUCAUCCGAUACAUAUACCAUCGACGAUUCUCUGCCUUUUAUUACUAACAUCUUGCUGGCACAUCUAUUUGGCUUAGUUGCUACCAUUAUAGUUACAGCUUAUGGAUUACCAUGGAUCUUUCUAGUAUUAGCACCACUUAUACCAAUCUACCAUUGGAUACAAAAUCAUUAUAGAUUAACAUCGAGAGAGGUAAAACGGUUAUCCAGUAUCACGCUGUCUCCUUUAUAUGCUCAUUUUAGUGAAACUUUGAGCGGGCUAACGAGUAUCAGAGCCUUUCGUACUGUACCUCGCUUUAAACAAGAAAACGAAUUACUACUGGAAGCCAAUCAAAAAACGCAAUUCGCUUCUAUAGCUAUUAGUCAAUGGCUCGCGCUGAGAUUGCAAUUUAUCGGUGUCGCCCUUUUAGCCGGAGUUAGCAUUAUGGCAGUGUUGCAACAUCAAUAUAACAUAGCUGAUCCUGGUUUGAUCGGUUUAGCGAUUACAUACGCAUUAUCUGUAACCGGAUUAUUAUCCGGAGUGGUAAACUCCUUUACUGAGACUGAGAGAGAGAUGAUUGCGGUGGAACGAGUUAAACAGUAUUUAGAUCAUGUGCCGACUGAAAAUACGAUGGGUGCUAAUCCACCUUACGCAUGGCCCACUCAGGGUGUUGUAGAAUUUAGAGACGUUGUUUUGAAGUAUAGAGAUCAUUUAGUGCCAUCAUUGAAAGAGGUAACAUUUGUUACGCGACCAGCGGAAAAAAUAGGCGUCGUUGGUCGCACUGGUGCUGGAAAAAGUUCGUUACUAGCUUCGUUAUUUAGAUUGACAGAGAUCAGUUCUGGAAGUAUAUUAAUCGACAACGUAAACAUUCAAACGUUGCAAUUGAAUGCAUUAAGAUCCCGUUUAGCUAUUAUACCUCAAAAUCCGUUUCUCUUCUCGGGUACUAUUCGAGAGAAUGUGGAUCCGUUGAAUCAGUAUACUGAUAUGCAUAUAUACAAAACCCUUGAGAAAUGUAAAGUACAUUCUUUAGUUUAUCGAUUGGGUGGCUUUGGCGCAGUCUUGGAUGAAGGUGGUAAUAAUCUCAGCGCUGGUCAGAGACAAUUGUUCUGUUUAGUCAGAGCUGUGCUACACAAUGCGAAGAUCGUCUGCAUUGACGAAGCCACUGCGAAUGUAGAUCAAGAGACGGAUAAAUCUAUUCAAGCGACAAUAAAGUCUUCCUUCCAAAGCGCAACGGUUAUUACAAUCGCCCAUAGAAUAAAGACAAUUAUGCACUGUGAUAGAGUUCUAGUGAUGGGUGAUGGAGAAGUAUUGGAAUUUGAUGAGCCAAAUUUAUUAAUUCAGAAUGCCGAUUCUUAUUUCUACCAUCUGGCUAGUCAAGAAUUUACGGAUCAAGAAUGAUUAAGCAUAUGAUACGAUCUGAUUAUGCAGUAUAAUUCAAAGUAAUGAAUGUAUGUAUAUGAUGGUUGUGUAUGUGGUGUAUUAUAUAUACGUUACAAUAUUUCUUAAGAGACGAAUUAUUGUAUUUUCAUACAAAUAUGACAGGAUUACAUUUUUAAGGAUAGUUUAAAAAACGAUGUCUAUAAAAGUAAACAUUUUUUAUUUGUAUAUGUAAGAGAGAGAGAUAUAUGUAAUAUAUUAAUAUCAUUGUUACCGUAAACAUUAAUUGCGAAACUGUUUAAGGUUUAAUUAAUGUUUAUGAAUUCUAUAUAUAGGUUGUCCAUCUAUUCUUUAUAAACAAAUAAAUAUCAAAAUAAAAAUCACAAUAAAAAAA